AUGCACAACAGUUGCUGCCCUUUCACUUCUCCUAUCCUGGAUGAGGUGCUACCCCCUGUUCUCAUCUUGGAGUUCAUCUUUGGGCUGCUAGGGAACGGCCUUGCCCUGUGGAUGUUCGUCUUCCAUAUGGACACCUGGAAGCCCAAUUCUAUCUACCUGGCACACCUUGCUGUGGCCGACACCAUAUUGCUUUUCUGCUUGCCCUUCAGGGCUCACUACUACCUGCGGAGGAAAGACUGGAUCUAUGGCGACGUGCUGUGCCGCAUCCUGAUGUUCCUGUUGGCCACCAAUCGAGCUGCUGGUAUUUUCUUUCUCACGGCUGUCGCCGUGGACCGCUACUUUAAGGUCGUUCACCCACUCAACCGGUUCAGCCGCAUGAGCUUGGGAUAUGCCACACUGGUGUGCUGCUGCCUUUGGGUAGUCAUCGUCAGCCUGACCAGCAAUAUACUCUUUUCUUCACACCUCUACGUUCUCGACAACCGGAUGCAGUGCGAGAGCUUCAACAUCUGUAUGGACUACACAGCAGCAAGUGCCUGGCACGACACCCUCUACCUCCUGCAGUUCUCCGUUCCUACUGCGAUCAUUGUGUCCUGCACCGUAUGUAUCACUCUCCAGCUGAAGAACAGGACGGUGGACACCGACGGGAGGAUCACGAGAGCGGUCUACUUUGUGCUUACUGUUGCCCUGGUUUUCAUCGUUUGUUUCCUCCCGAGUACACUCUCCCGCAUGGCCAUAUGGAUCCUAAGGGCUUGGUACAAUGAGUGCUCUCACUUCAAACAGGUCAAUUUUGCUUUCUACACCACUGUGUGUUUGACGUAUUUCAACAGUGUCCUGAACCCGGUGGUGUACUACUUCUCCAGCCCAGCCCUUAGCGGAACCAUCCAGAGGGUUUGGCAUAAACUCCUCUGUAGACCGUUGCAGGAGGAGGAAGAGGAAAGAAACCCACCACCAACCACCACCAGACCUUUCUCAGUGUCUGGGCAACUCUGA